AUGGAUGCAGGAUUUUUCAUAAAGACCACAACAUUUGUUUUUUGGAAAAACAACAGAAACCACCUUCUUGAAAAAUUGUUCAUUUUCCUCCUCUUCAUUAUUUUUCUUGGAUCUUUUUUUCAUGAGAUUGUUCCUAUUUGGAAGACGAAAAUGACUGAUUUUGAAGACAUUUGGCUAAAAAAGCAACGUAACCGUACAGACAUCCUGAAUAAUACCUGCCUGAAGAAGAGUUUGUCAAGCUCAGAAUGGCAAUUGGAGCAUGAUGUUGCUUGGCAGCUUUUUGUUGAUGACAAUCACAAAUUUAUUUACUGUGAAGUGCCGAAAGUCAGUUGUUCCAAUUGGAAGAAAAUCAUUCUGCUCUUCACACUCAACCUAAGCAGGGAUACAAGUGAAGUCAACCAUGGGACAAUCCACGUAACAAAACUUCUCAGGAGGUUGACUACUUACCCUCCUGAACAGCAAAUGGAGCUUCUCACCACCUAUACAAAAGUGAUGUUCACCAGACAUCCUCUAGAAAGAUUGGUCUCAGCUUACAGAGACAAGUUCUUGCACUCUGAGCCCUACUACAGUAUCACAGUGGCAAAUAAGAUCAAAGCAUUCUCCAGAAAGGACACAAAUUCCACAAAGAAAGUAACAUUCCCUGAGUUUGUAAACUAUCUGCUAACAAGGAAUCCAAGUGAGAUGGAUGUACACUGGAAGCCCAUGUUUUUGCUCUGUGAUCCCUGUAACAUCCACUAUGACAUCUUGGGGAAGUUAGAGACUUUGGUUGAAGAUGCUGAUCAUGUCCUUAGGAGAAUUGGAGCACCAGAGAGUCUCCAUUUCCCAAAUGGAAAAAUUUAUACUUCAGAGAAACGGACCAGCAAGGCUAUCACCUCAAAUUACCUCAAGCAAUUGAGUUUUGACCAAGUACAGAAGGUCAAGGAGGUUUAUCAGAAAGAUUUCUCCUUGUUCAACUAUUCUUGA